AUGUUCAUCACAAACGAAAACGUCGGAGACAGAUCCCGUAUGGAGGACUGGAGAAAUCCAAUACUAACUUUUCAAGUUCGUGGAUACGACCCAUUGACUCCACCUGACUUGUUGCAGCACGAGUUUCCACUUACAGAUAAAUCCAAGCAGGUCAUCUUGAAGGGUAGAGAUGAUGCCGUCAACAUCUUGAACGGCAAAGAUGACAGACUUAUUAUUGUCAUUGGUCCAUGCUCCAUUCAUGACCCAGUGGCAGCCAGAGACUACGCCGACAGAUUGUACAAAGAGGCCGAGAAGCACAAAGGCGAACUUCAUAUCGUUAUGAGAGCUUACCUUGAAAAACCAAGAACCACUGUUGGCUGGAAAGGUUUGAUCAACGACCCAGAUAUCGAUGGUUCUUUCCAGAUUAACAAAGGUCUCAGAAUUUCUCGUAAGUUGUUCGUUGAGUUGACUGAGAAGUUGCCUAUUGCCGGUGAGAUGUUGGAUACCAUUUCGCCACAAUUCUUAUCUGAUUUGUUCAGUGUCGGAGCCAUCGGUGCCAGAACCACCGAAUCUCAGUUGCACAGAGAGUUGUCGUCUGGUUUGUCCUUCCCAGUUGGUUUCAAGAAUGGUACCGACGGAACCUUGGGUGUUGCUGUUGAUGCUUUGAGAGCUGCAUCUCACCCUCACCACUUCUUGUCUGUCACUAAGCCAGGUAUCGUUGCUAUUGUUGGUACUGACGGUAACGAAGACUGUUUCGUCAUCUUGAGAGGAGGAAAGCAGGGUACGAAUUACGACGAGAAGUCUGUUAAGGAGACGAAAGAGGCUUUGAUCAAGGCCAAGGUUGUCACUGAGGAGAAGCCAGGACCAAGAAUCAUGGUGGAUUGCUCCCACGGUAACUCCAACAAGAACCACAGAAAUCAGCCUUUGGUUGCUGAAGAAAUUGCCAGACAGAUUAAGAAUGGUGAGGACGGCAUUUGCGGAUUGAUGAUCGAGUCCAACAUUGAAGAAGGAAGACAAGAUGUUCCUCCAGCCUCUGAAGGAGGUAAGGAGGCCUUGAAAUACGGUUGCUCCAUUACCGAUGCCUGUAUUGGCUUCGACGACACGAUUUCCGUGUUGCAGACGUUGGCAGAUGCUAUCAAAGCUAGAAGAGAGUUGAAAAAGUAA